AUGGAAAACUUGCUAUGUGAUGAGGCGUGGCUAUCCAGCCCUGCUGUAACACCCAUUGAUCAUCAUCAUCAUCAUCAUGCACCCCAUCACAGUUCAGAGAGCUACCUUGGUGGUUCGUCUUAUAUGACCAAGGAAGACUCCGAGGAGGCCCUUGCUAUAUACCUGGAGAAGGAGAUCAGUUACAUGCCGGAAGAUAAUUACGUUGGGCAUCUCCGGUCGGAAAAUUUUACCAGUGCUAGAUAUAGAGCCACCCAAUGGCUUUUUAGGUCCAGAAGUCGGUUGAAUCUCUCUUUUGGAACUGCUUUCAAUGCUGUAAAUUACCUUGAUCGGUUCAUAUCUAUGAAUCAAUGCAAUGGAUGGAGCUAUUGGAUGGUUGAAUUAUUGUCUGUUGCGUGCUUAUCUGUUGCCUCCAAGUUCUGUGAAACCUGCACUCCUACAUUGCAUGAAAUUCAGGAAACGAAUAAUCCAACAGCCCGUAACGAGUCGGAUCCACUCGGACCGCCCCGGAUAAUUGCGUAG